CGCGAGGGAGGAGAUUGCGAACGGGGGAGGGAGCGCGCCGGGGCAGCCUUGCGUGCGCUCCUCCCGGCGCCAGCAGCCCGCCCGGCGCAGCCCGAAUCGGUCCGGGCGCUGCCGCCCGGGUGCCUGGUGGAGAUCGGAGGCAGCGCGAAGCCCGCAGCCAGCACGGAGCCUGGAGACGGCCUGAGGAACCGCGAGGUCUGGAGCCGGGAGCGCCGAGCCCGAGGCGGCGCGUCUGGGUCUGCGCUUCCCGGCUGGACGGCGCGCCCGCUCGGCUUCGCCACGCGCCCUCCCCUGGGCUCCCUCUCCUGGGUCCCCGCCAGAGACGCGCCCACUCCCGCCCGGACUUCCAGCCCCGGAGGCGCGGGACAGAGCCGCGGACCCCGCGUCCUAAUGCGCCUCAACACCUCCACGCCGGGGGCCCCGGGCGCGCCUGCCGCCGACCCCUUCCAGCGGGCGCAGGCGGGACUGGAGGCAGCGCUCCGGGCCCCGGGCUUCGGCAACGGCUCGGGCAACGCAUCUGAGCGCAUCCUGGCGGCGCCCAGCAGCCACCUGGACGUGAACACCGACAUCUACUCCAAGGCGCUGGUGACCGCCGUGUACCUGGCGCUCUUCGCGGUGGGCACGGUGGGCAAUGCGGUGACAGCGUUCACGCUAGCGCGGAAGAAGUCGCUGCAGAGCCUGCAGAGCACCGUGCACUACCACCUGGGCAGCCUGGCGCUGUCGGACCUGCUCACGCUGCUGCUGGCCAUGCCCGUGGAGCUGUACAACUUCAUCUGGGUGCACCACCCCUGGGCCUUCGGCGACGCCGGUUGCCGCGGCUACUACUUCGUGCGCGACGCCUGCACCUACGCCACAGCCCUCAACGUGGCCAGCCUGAGCGUGGAGCGCUACCUGGCCAUCUGCCACCCCUUUAAGGCCAAGACCCUCAUGUCCCGAAGCCGCACCAAGAAGUUCAUCAGCGCCAUCUGGCUGGCCUCGGGCCUGCUGGCGGUGCCCAUGCUGUUUACCAUGGGCCAGCAGAACCGCAGCGCCGACGGCCAGCACCCAGGGGGCCUGGUGUGCACGCCCACCGUCCACGCGGCCACGGUCAAGAUCGUCAUCCAGGUCAACACCUUCAUGUCCUUCAUAUUCCCCAUGGUGGUCAUCUCCGUCCUGAACACCAUCAUCGCCAACAAGCUGACGGUCAUGGUCCGCCAGGCCGCCGAGCAGGGCCAGGUGGGGGACCAGCACAACACGUUCAGCAUGGCCAUCGAGCCCGGCAGGGUCCAGGCCCUGCGGCACGGCGUACAUGUCCUACGUACGUACUCUGGGCCCUCUGGGAUCCAGAAAUGUCACCAGAAGGGGAAGCAACACUCUUUGCCUCAAUCCCGCUCAGUACAGGAGCCAGGCUCCCACCGCUCAGUUCCCUUCUGUGCUGUCCUCAUGGAGCUGCAGCUGACACCCACCGGGCACAGGCGCACAGGACCCCAGAGGGAGGAGGCUCCCCAGACUGAGGGAGGAGAGUACCUGGCAGGUCAUGGCUGGCACCGGUAUCGCCAGCGGCCUCCUGCACAGAUGGGGAAGCUGAAGCCCAGGUCCCAGACAGCCAAGCCAGCAGGUGAGGCUGACCCGAACCUGCACGGGCUAAGGGGCUGCGCUCACCAGUACCAGCUCUGGAGCUGCACCCUGGGGGCGCUGGGUGCCGGUCCCGGCCUGGACCUGCGCGUUCUUCCACCGCCGCAGGCCCCCCGCCUGGGAGCUGCCGCCUCCUAG